GCAGACUGUGCAGACCACAUUUUACCAAUAACAUCUUCUCACUGCACUGCAACGACUGGAAUUGCAGGAAGACUUUGCUCUGACUUGUCUGGUGUCCACUUUAUUGACACGAUGAGCUGCAGCAGCGUUGCAGGGUCAGAGUUUUCGGAGGAAGAGCUGGAGUUUGCUAUCCUGGCAGAAGGUGAAGGCAAGGGAAGCUCUAACCCAAACUUCCAGGACAGCGAGAGUUCAACCAGCAGCCCCGGUGACCCCGAAGAAGGCAACGCCAAGAAGCGCAAUCGACCCGUCCGCUCAAAAGCUCGAAGAAUGGCUGCUAAUGUCCGGGAGAGAAAGCGGAUAAUGGACUACAACCAAGCCUUCAACGCUCUCCGCGUCGCCCUGAAUCACGACCUUAGCGGCAAACGACUUUCAAAGAUCGCCACUCUUCAGAGGGCCAUCAACCACAUCUCUGCUCUCUCUGUGUUCCUGGGCUCUAACCCUCCAAGCAAGCCCUGCAGCCACCGGGAAUGCUACCGGUCGUCCGUGGGACCGGCAGCGAUGGCAGCAUCCCGGCUGGAACAGACCAGGGUCGCUCUUCCUCGCCUGGACCAUCAGAGCUACGUCCCCUGGCAUUCCUCCGAGUCUCAACAGAUGCAGCCACAGCCAGGCCCUCCGGUGCACAGGUUGUCUUCAGAUCCACACGUGUACCUGGAUAACUCUGCAUCGUCAUGCCCCCCGUCCCCGCACUAUCCUUGUUAUCACCCCGACGGACAGUUUUACACCUCCAACGGACACUGCAGCAGCCCCCACAAUCACACGCCCAGUCCGGCGCGGCGCCUUCAGCUGGGCGAGGGUUUGGGCUAUCAGCCGGGGAUUUGGGGCUCCUGCACUCAGGGAUACAUGGACACGUUUGUGGAGCCGGCGAACGCUCUGGGGCUUCCGUGGCAGAUGAGCUGCCUGCAGGAGCCCGAGCACAACGUCCCUCUGUAACCGGUCAAAUCCGUCACUGUGAACCCCGAACUCUCAGGACACUGCAGAACACUCUCAGACAAGAAGUUGGUGUGAGAUCUUUGUGUUUUUACCAUAACUCAGUAUUGCAGUAAUUCUGUAACUGUAGAGUAAUAGCCAUAUAAACAAAAAUAAAUUAAAGUGCACUGGUGCUCUAGACUGCGUAUUGCUGCAUGCAGUUUAUUGGUAAAAAUAUAAUCUUCUAAUUCAAAAUGUUUGGUCUAAAGAAUAUUUCAUCUUCUAGUCCUGAGAUUGCCAACUGCUUGAGACCUUAAAAUGUGAGACCUUAAAAA